AUGUCACGUCCAGCCAUGCACGUCCCAUUGCAUGAAGACGACUCCCCUCUCAUGCUCGAUGACAUGCAUGCUGAUGAGGAGGCCAUUGAUUCCGUGGUGUCUCCUGGUCAUGACCUUGCUGACAUUCCCAGUUCGCCUACCCAGCCCUGUCUUGAGGAUUCUCCUCUCUCCACUUCACCGGUGCCGUGCGUGGACGACACUACUCCUUCACUGGAUGACGAGGUAGCGAGCGCCUCCCAGGAGCUAGUUGCACCGCCAGCACCACGACGUAACCCUAUACGUGAUCGGCGCCCGCCUAGUUCACUUUCCAUUUACAAGAUAGACCUUCCAGGCUCUCAUCAUGUUUAG